AGACAGGAGAACUUGUUGCGGUGCUCCCAGUGCAAGAUGGCUCGCUACUGCAACACCACUUGCCAGAAACAAGCAUGGCUUGGCCAUAAGAGAGAGUGUAAAUGUCUGAAGAGCCUUCUACCAAGAAUUCCCACUGACUCAGUCCGUCUCGCUGCAAGAAUCAUCUUUGGCUUGUUAAAUCCAUCUCAGAGCAGGAGUGAGGAGCUCUUCACUUUGGAGGACCAUGAAUCACACCUGAGUUCCAUGUCGGAGCAGAAGAAACAGGGUCUGUCUCAGCUGGCUUCCAUGUUAGAGCUGUACCUUCAACAGGAGGUAUCUGACCUGGAAGUGACUUCAGCUCUGCCUCCUUCCUGCCAAGAACCCUUAAGCCUCAUUGCAAAGGUGACAUGUAAUUGUUUCACCAUCAGUGACGGAGAGCUGCAGGAGAUUGGAGUUGGGCUGUAUCCUAGUUUAUCUCUGCUAAACCACGGCUGUAGGCCAAACUGUGUGAUGGUGUUUGUGGGAACCAAACUGCACCUGAGAGCUGUUCGAGAUAUCAACCCUGAAGAGGAGCUGACUAUAAGCUACAUCGAGACGUUGUCGUUGACUGAAGAUCGAAGGAGACAGCUGGAGGACCAAUACCAUUUUACAUGUCACUGCCAGCUCUGUGACUCUCAAGAGAAAGACGGACUGAUGCUGUCAGGGAACGAAUCAACAUGGUGUCCGCUGAAAGAGGCUCUGCCGAGACUGGAAGGACUGAAGGCAGAGUCGGAUUGGCCGGCACUACUAGAGAACUGCAGUCAGCUAUUAUCGACUGUCGGGGAUGACGUACCAGAUGAAAAUCUGUAUAAACUCAAGAUGACCGACAUGGCUAUUGAUGCUUCAAUUCACCUGGGACACUGGGAGGAAGCUCUGGGAUACGGGGAGAAAACACUUCCAGUAUACAGACAAUACUACCCUGAUCCCCAUCCAGUCCAUGGAGUCCAGCUGAUGAGAGUCGGAAAGCUGCAACAUUACCUGGAACACAUCGAGGACGCUUUGGACACCUUCAAACAGGCGUUCAAGAUUAUAAAGCUCACGCACGGCGUUGAUCACCCCAUGACUACAGAUCUGUUGAUGAAGAUGGAGGAAUGUCGCAGUGAGCUGGACCAGAAAUCCUCCAGCUGUCUCAGAAUAGAAGAAAACUGAAACUGGACUACUUUGACUAAUUUCACGUUGUCUUCUUAUAGUCUUUACGUUAUUAAUGUAUCAAUCAAUCAAUCCCAAUCAUCAGAUUGAUGAAGAUGAACAGAAAUGUUUUACAUGACCAAAGUGUGCUUUUUUGAAGAUUUAAUUCCGUAAAUAAAUAUGAAAUUCAUCUCUCUGAGUUACUGUACGUUGGCGCUGAAACUGCUAGCAUUCAAUAUGUACUGGAAGUAGAGGGAAAGAGAUGGCCUUGAUUUGUCCAAAUGUAAUAAAGAAAUACCCCAACAUAUA